UUCGACCUUUCAUCUUAUCUUGAUAACGUUUCAACUGGUGUCGUAUUUAACUUAAUUUAGUGCACAUAUCUUGCAGAAAUGGAUGAUCUGAAAACUGUUGUAACAUUAGUCUCUGCAUGCCUGUUUUUGGCAGCACAAUGUUCUGGUCAGUGUGACGACAUUGAUACUCAGGCAUGCUCACUCAUGGCAGCGCAGAAUCCUAAUCUAUGUAAUGACCCAAACCUUUCUAACACGGCUUGUCCAAAGUAUUGCAACAAAUGUCCCCUUAUAUGUUACCACUGUGAUACGUCAGUUCGGAAUUACACAGAUUGCAACACAACACGUACCUGUCAGAUCGGAGAGCAAUGCCUACUACAUCAGCUUGUGUCAUCCAAGGACGGACACCGAGAAUAUAAAAUGAACUGUGCUAGCCUUGACGUAUGUGAUGGCAAGGGAAUAAUGCAGUCAGAACGACGCAGUCUCAAGUCGCGAAAUCUUGUUACUCAGUGUUGUUCGAGCGAUUUAUGCAACUAUCCCACGUCAGUGGUUACUGCAGGGACCCCAUCGCCUUCCUCAUCAGCCACAAAAGCAGGAACCCCAUUGCCUUCCUCAUCAGCCACAAAAGCAGGAACCCCAUUGCCUUCCUCAUCAGCCACACAAGCUACCACCUCUAGUUUUCCACACUGCAACAGAGACAUUGAGGUACUGAUUGAAGACUCGAAGGAUACUUCCUCGUCCCCUUACAUUAUCCAGUAUCUCAAAGACCUUGUGUCUCAAAUUGACAUCGGACUUCACCACAACCAGAUCGGCUUGGCUCUAUAUGAACAUGACGUUGAAAAACAGUUUGACCUCGAUCAGCAUACUGACAAGGUAGCACUUCUCAAUGCUAUAAAUAGAAUUGAUUUUCAGCACACUGAUAACGAUAUAGAUAAAGGAGACGUCAUUGAAUUCUUACAACAUCAACUCCGCAAAGGUCAUCAUGGUGAUCGAUCAAAUUACGAAGACGUGGUGAUCAUUAUGGCCGACCAUUUUCACCACAAACGCAGUACAAGGUAUCUGCUUGAUCAACCUGCGCACCAUACAGUCGACUUGUCGUCCAUUUCGAAAGACGUUAUCGUUAUCAACGUCGGAGCUAAUGGGGCACAUUCUGUGCUUUCCUCGUUGGCGUCAGAUGCAAGUCACGUGAUAGAUGUUCCUAACUACUCGACCUUGACAACAACUUUGCCUCGUGUUCUUAGUCUUCUUUGUGUAUGAAAACCGGGUAGACAAACAAUUUUGCCGUUCAUAAACUUUCAUGAAUAUAAUAAAACUAAACAACAGCCUCACCACUUUUCCACAUACUUUCCUGCUAAUAACAAGAAUUAAAAUGAAAUUUUC